GUGAUAAUACGUCAUGUGCCUGUGCGGUAAUCAAUACGAACGGAACUUGUAAUGAUGUCGUUGAUGUAAAUAGACUUCUAUCUGUUUUUAUUCUUCUUGCUGUGAAUGGGAGGCUGGUUUUCUUCAUUUUUGACGCUGAAAACACUUUUGUACAGGCCGAAGAAUUUUGCGAUCAGUGCUGCAGCUGAUCCAAAUCCUGAUCCAUUUGUUCUGCUAUCGGCAGCUGCUGAAAUCGCUGCAUUACAUAGGAGUAUGGAAGAUACUUCAACCUCAGCAAUGGGGACUAUUCAAAUGAGUGCAAAUCAGCCAUCCGCUAGCUUUGAAGACACUGAUGUCGAAGACUCGUUGUCUAGCCUACUUCAUGAAGGCAGGGAGGAUACUACAUCCGAAGAGGAUGAUACUUCCGAUGAAGCUUGUCGCAGAGUCUGCGAUCGCUCACAUCGUUUGCUUGAAAAGAAGAAGGCUGCUUUCCGGAGCGGUGUUCUAAUCGGAAAUAAUCAGACUUUGAAAGAACUGCGUGAGGACGUUUUGAAUCGCUGCUAUCGUAUGUGCGCAGCAUCCACAAGUAUAACCAAUGUAUGUACAAAUCGCGAAAUCGCCAAACCUCGGGGCGGAACUUGCAUGCCUUCAGGAAUGAAAGCGGGCAUUGCCAAUCAGUUUCUACCAAACUGCCGUCGCAUAGUGGAUAAAUUGCGAUCGAAGUCUUUCUGCUGUCAGUUUGUAAAAGGUGGAGACGAGCUUGUUGUUGCCAGUCAAGAUGAACGCAUACGCUUUUUCCAGCAAUACGGGCCAAGAGAUCGAUAUUUUCUCAAGGAUACUGUUCAUGUCCCAAUCACUAGUUGGUCAAUCUUGGAUGUAGCCAUGAACCGCAAAGGGGACGCACUUUGUUAUGGCACAUGGAAGGACUCAGUGUUCUACGCUAGACUUCACGAGCCUACUUUUGAUAAUCCUUCUGGUAUAUCAUGGACGGAGCUUCCCAUACCGAAUCACGAUGCUGGCUUUUUUAGAAGUAUGGCAGUAUUUUCGUUGCGCUUCUCCCGUCGUGGGCAUGAAAUUUUAUGUGGCGGGUCAGACCGGUGUUUACAUGUGUUCGACCUCGAAUCAAUGAGCAGGGUUGUUACGAUACCCGACGCACAUGGUGAUGACAUUAAUGCUGUCUGCUAUGGCGAUACAGAAUCUCAUUUGCUGUACAGUGGAGGCGAUGAUGGUCUUGUUAAGGUUUAUGAUCGGCGAGCAUUCGGAGAGCUUGACUACCAACCAGUUGGAGCAUUUGCCGGCCAUCGUGAUGGUAUCACAUAUAUUGAUGCACGUGGAGAUGACCGGUAUCUAAUUAGUAACUCGAAGGACCAAACCAUAAAACUUUGGGAUCUUCGACGAUUCUCGAGUGAAGAGACUGUGCGAAAAACAAUAAACUGCGUCCGACAGCAAUCCUGGGAUUAUCGAUGGCAACCAGCUCCGCCCACGACUUGCACACCUCUCAAAGGUGAUACAUCUGUACUCACGUUACGUGGACACAGUGUUCUUCAUACCUUAGUGCGUGCUAAGUUUUCCCCCAGUCGAACUGGCAAACGAUACAUAUACACUGGUUGUGCUAGAGGAGAAGUUAUUAUUUAUGACAUAAUGGCCAAUGCUCCAUCUGGGUCUGCAGAAAGUGAGGAAGAGAGUAGUCCAGUUAUCCGUCGUCUUCCUGGUCAUGUUGCCGUCGUGCGAGAUGUUGACUGGAAUCCAUCCUGCAACGAAAUUGCCACUUGUUCCUGGGACGGGCUGACGGCUAUCUGGAAGUGGGAUGAGCGGCACGACCACAUGACAUCAAGCGAAGUGAAUCGCAUAGGAGCCGAGGACUCGUGCGAUGAAUUCUAUCAGCCAGUCAUGAAGCGCCGCAAAGCAGUUCAUCGAAAAGGGAAGUGCGUUAGACGAAAACAAGCGCCACGUACUGCCGAUGAAUCAAACGACUCACCUGAGUUACUGUACACAUUUUGAGGGUAUGCGGUGUUGCCUGCUCUUUCGUUUGGUUUUCUACUCUAGUUUUGUACAAAUAUUGAUUAUACAUCAAUUUAAUACAGUCUACAAUUGUAGUGAUAUUAUUUCCAGUGUUGAGCUCGUCAGUGACAGUAAUGCAUGACAUGCAGAUCCAAUCAAAGUUGUUUUGUAGGGUUAUUUGAUAUCAAAAUUUCUCUUCUGAACGCCAAUUGAUUUACUCGACAAUAACAAUAAAGUUGCUUGAAUGA